AUGUGCACCUCCCGCUCCUUGAUUACGUGCGGGACCGCUGACGGUAAGAUUCGUGUCUACGACGCGAACACACAGCGGAGGCCGCUCUUCGAGCUGCGGGUCGGCUACAAAGUGGGCGUAGGUGCGGGAGGUUGGACCGGGGUGGAAGACGACACCAAAAGGCCUCUGCUUUGCAGCCGAGUCGCAGCUGUCCGUGGCGACGGCUGGGGUCUUUUCGUCGGUGACACCUUGGGUGUCCUGCGCGAGUACGAUCUGCGGAACCUUCCCAAGACACAGACUGCUGCGAUCCCACCGGGACGAAA